AUGGAUGGCAGCCACAAUUCCAGAGUAAAGGCUGAGCCUUCUUCUCCUACGCGUCCUAGGCGUCAGCGCCUUAGAUCGCCUGUCAUUAUCUCCGACUCUAAUGCCAAUGUGCCGAUCAAACGUUCACGCCUCUCUUCGCCUGUUAUUAUAAAAGAUGAAAACCCCGAUGAAUCUCGUCGUGAUGUUACUGAGAGUAAAGCCAAGGCAGAAACAGUCUCACCUCAUUCACGUAAACUUGCUGAGGAUACGAACCUGUUUAAGGGAGUAUUGAUCAAGUACAAUGAGCCCGAGGACGCCCGAAAGCCCACUGUAUUUUGGCGUAUGUACCCUUUCAAGGGAAAUGAAUCUCUUCCUGUGCUUCAUAUUCACCGACAAAGUGGAUACCUUAUUGGACGUGAUCGGAAUAUUGCGGACAUACCCAUGGAUCAUCCCAGCAUUUCGAAGCAGCACGCGGUCCUGCAAUUUCGUUAUACCAAAGGCCAAACUCGACUUUACGUAAUAGAUCUUGAAUCGGCCAAUGGAACCUUCCUCAACAACAAGAAGAUUGAACCGCGCCGCUACUAUGAGGUUCAGGAAACGGACGUCAUUAAGUUUGGCUUCUCUUCUAGAGACUACGUUGUAAUGACAGAUAAAAUGGAAAAUACGGAAUAG